UUCUCUCGUGAUGGGAUCCAAUCUAUUGAAUUUUUCUUUUAUCUAACUGAUUCUACGGUAGAUUCUCUUGGCUUGUUUGAUGCUUUGAGUGUUAACCUGUUGGCCCAUGAUUCAAAUUUUUUAAAAAAUUUCGAUCCAAAAAAAAACUAUAAUCCCGAUUUGCUCGCACAACUUGUUAAUAAGAAUCUAUAUCUUCUUUCUCCAUAUCAGAUAAAUCGAGUUAGUUUCCAACAAUACAAAAAUGAAAGUAUUGCGGCAACUCCAAAAAAUAUUUUUGGUAUUCCUCCAACUGACUAUGAGCGUGAUAUUAAUGUUAUGUCAACAUUUC